AUGUCUGAGCAUUCCUCUGAAGUUGGUGGAUUGCUUGAAACGGAAGUCAAGUCACAGUUUGGUGCUUCAAGUCUCAUUAUUAUUUGCGAGGAUGUUAUUCUUAUUCGGUAUGUUGUGUUCACGCAUGAAACACAGGUUACUGGAGACCCUUUAAUCCAACGGAAAGAUGAUACUUCCGAGGCUCUCAAAUUAAGGCUGGAGGCAUUUCGCCAGCAAACUAAACCUGUGAGUGUUUACUAUCCGAGUUUCAUUGCAUAUAGGCAAUUGCUCAGUCAUAUCAAGGCUUUAGUUUCGAUUCUUAGCAGCUUUGACAAUCAAAAAUAUGUGCAGGUGAUAGAUUAUUAUUCAGAGAAAGGAGUUGUUGCCCAUAUCCAGGCUGGGAAACCAUCCAAAGAGGUCACAGCUGAGGUUCACAAAGUUCUGUCUGCCUGA